AUGUGCUCUCUCAGUGCAGCCAAUGCCAAGUUCUGUCUUGACUUUUUCAGAGAGCUGAGCAAAAGAAAAGUAAAUGAAAACAUCUUCUUCUCCCCACUAAGUCUGUCAGCUGCCUUUGGAAUGGUUGUCCUUGGAGCCAGGGGCAACACACUUGAACAGAUUGAGAAGUGUGAGGAAGCUGAAGGAGUCCAUUCCCAGUUCCAGGCUCUGUUGGCUGAAGUCAGUGAACCCAGACCAGGCUGUUGUCUCACCAUUGCCAACAGGCUCUUUGGAGAAAUUACUUAUCCAUUCUUCCAGCAAUACUUGGAUUCCACAAAGAAAUUCUAUCGAGCAGAACUGGAACCAGUGAAUUUUAAAUACACUGAAGAAGAAGUCAGAGACAAAAUUAACUUCUGGGUGGAAAAUGAGACAAAAGGUAAAAUCAAAGACCUGUUUGCUGCUGGGCUUAUUGAUCCCUCUACUGUACUUCUCCUGGUCAAUGCUAUAUAUUUUAAAGGAAAGUGGGCAGUAGAAUUUAAGAAAGAAGACACUAAAGAAACAUACUUCCAUCUGAACAAGAAUGAGAGGAGGACAGUGCAGAUGAUGUUUCAAGAAGGUUAUUUUAACAUGGCCAUCAUAGAGGAACUGAAAAUGAAAGUCAUAGAGCUCCAAUACUUUAAUAAUGAACUGAGCAUGUUCAUUCUUCUUCCUGAAGUUGACUGUGAUGACUUUACUGGCCUAGAACAGCUUGAAUGUGCCCUAACCUACGAAAAACUAGCAGAAUGGACCAGCACAACUAAGAUGCAACCGCUGAAAGUGAAGGUGUACCUGCCUCAGUUCAAGAUGGAGGAAAGUUAUGUUCUCAACAAAACUCUCCAGGAGAUGGGAGUAAUGAAUGUUUUUGACUGGGGAAAAGCUGAUUUGUCAGGGAUAUCUACGAAAGAUGGCUUGGUUGUGUCUAAGGCCAUCCAGAAGACAAUAAUGGAAGUCAAUGAAGAGGGCACUGAAGCAGCUUGUGCCAUGGGGAUUGCUGCAGUGCCACUGUGUCGCCCAAUUACUUAUGAGUUCAAAGCUGACCAUCCAUUCCUCUUCUUCAUCAGACACAACCAAACCAACACCAUCCUCUUCUUUGGACGAUACUCCUCUCCUUAA